AUGCUGGCUGGCUGUUGUUGAUGCUUGAAGUUGCUGUUGUUUGGACACUGUGUGUUGCUCUUAUCGGCUCUUUGACAUUGAAGACGCAUUAAAACCCAAGCAAAGGAACUCGGCCGGCGGGCAUUUUACCUCCUGAACGGGGUUAUGAGCCACGGGCGAAGCGGCGACGUCGCGGAGGAUUUUGAAUCAGCGUAGCGGCAGAAAGCAGCUCAGUUAGCUCCGGAGCUCCAGUCCUCCGUGGAAGGAAGGAAGAAAGAAAGAAAGAAAGAAAAACAGCAGAGACACAGCAAACGGCUUGACGUGCUCUCUUUGUUUAUGUCGUGCCUGUCCGUUUCGCAGUAUCAUUUGUUUACCUUGUGUUGAACCUAGGCUUUUUUUUUUCUAUUUAUAUGUAAACCGCAGCACCGUUAACGCAAAGGGCAGCUAGCUCCCGAGCUAACCGUUAGCCGCAGCGAACAGAAACAGAAAAUCUUGUUGUUUGGGCUUUGAUGUGACAGAUAACGUUACCUAACGGGGAAGACCGUGUCGAAUCCGGAGCAAUUAUUAUCUCUGUGCCUGUGUAUUUCCCUGUUUGUCACUGGAUCCUGUGCACUUGUUGACCUGUAAGUGGAUGAGGCAUUUUAUUAAGGCUGUAACAGACUAAGAGAGAUUUGACCCAACAGUAACCUUAGCUUACAUUUCAUGAGAGUUUAGCUUUGUCGUAUUAUUAUUAUUAUUAUUAUUAUUAUUAUUAUUAAUAUUUUAAUACACGAAAACGAGCAAUAGAUUUGCGUUCAGCUGGCCUUGUGCGUUUUUAAGUUUGCUGGCAAGUUGCGUAACCUGUUUUUGUCUGCGAGCUGUCAGCCUUGUCUGAGGUAACUGUGUUCCCCCAAAAUUGUGAUAACAACUUGAUGAUUCAUUGCUAACUGUAGCCGGUGUCGUGCUCAUUGCUUUGGUACCUUUUAAUGUCAAUAAUACUUGGUGAAAGUGGCCACCUGUUUUUUUUUACUUUGGCCCUGAGCUUAAGCAGCUGUUUUCAACUCACUCCCAUGACUUUGGAAUCGUGUAAGAAUUAAGUGGAUGACCUUCUUUGGAGUUAUGAAUUAAGGGAGCUGCCUGGAAACUGUUGUGAGGCAGAGCUGUGGUUAUAGGGGAGACCGGGAGAGAGAGAAAGGGCCCCUCACAGGGUCCCAGUGUGUCUUGAGGUGAGGUGAGCCACCACCACCACCCCCCUACUACUCGCCAAUGCUGGAUCUGGAAGUGGUGCCUGAGAGAUCACUUGGAAAUGAGCAAUGGGAAUUUGCCUUAGGGAUGCCAUUGGCCCAGGCCAUCUCUAUCCUGCAGAAACACUGCCGCAUCAUCAAGAAUGUCCAGGUGCUAUACAGUGAACAGACACCACUCAGCCACGACCUCAUACUGAACUUGACUCAGGAUGGAAUUAAACUGCUGUUUGAUGCCGCAAACCAGAGACUCAAGGUGAUCGAAGUGUACGACCUGAGCAAAGUCAAGUUGAAAUACUGUGGAGUCCAUUUCAACUCUCAGGCCAUUGCCCCUACAAUAGAGCAAAUAGACCAGUCAUUUGGAGCUACUCACCCUGGAGUUUACAAUGCUGCAGAGCAGUUGUUCCAUCUCAACUUCAGAGGCCUGUCCUUCUCCUUCCAACUGGACUCGUGGAACGAAGCUCCCAAAUAUGAGAUUCCUCACGGCGCCAUGGUCAAGAGGAUGCACAUCUACACUGGCAACAACCUGCAGGACACAAGAGCUCCAGCGAUGCCAUUGGCUUGUUUCCUUGGCAACGUGUAUGCAGAGUGUGUGGAUGUCCUGCGAGAUGGGGCGGGGCCUCUAGGGCUCAAACUCCGCCUUCUCACUGCAGGUUGUGGUCCUGGAGUAAUGACUGAUGCUAAAGUGAGGUCACUGGAGAGGAGCAUUUAUUUUGGAGACUCCUGUCAGGACGUGCUGGGCGCUCUGGGCUCGCCACACAAAGCCUUCUACAAGUCUGAGGAUAAGAUGAAGAUCCACUCUCCAUCGCCUCACAAGCAGGUUCCUUCAAAAUGCAACGACUACUUUUUCAACUAUUUCACCCUCGGCGUGGAUAUCCUGUUUGACUCUACGACUCACCUGGUUAAAAAGUUUGUCCUCCAUACCAACUACCCUGGGCAUUACAACUUCAACAUAUAUCAUCGAUGUGACUUUAAAAUUCCUCUAGUCAUAAAGAAAGAAGGAGCCGAUUCUCAGGGGGAGGACUGCAUCCUAACCACCUACAGCAAGUGGGAUCAGAUUCAAGAACUGCUGGGACAUCCCAUGGAAAAACCUGUGGUGCUCCACAGGUCAUCAUCAGCCAAUAACACCAACCCGUUCGGCUCCACCUUCUGCUUUGGACUGCAGAGGAUGAUCUUUGAGGUAAUGCAGAAUAACCACAUAGCAUCGGUGACCCUCUAUGGUGCUCCGCGGACUGCCAGCCAAGCCCGACCCGAGUCUAGCAGCAGUGCCCACUGAAUGCGUGUCACCCACCAGAACCAAACCCAUUCUGGCCCGGCUUGAAUCCAGCGCUUCUACCGACUGAACUUGUAGCCCAGAGCAAAGCUCCCGCAGGCCCGGCCAGAUUCUCGUCCAAGCGGACGUAACCCAGAACCACAAUUAUAUUCUUUCCCCAAGUCCAAGUACUACUUACUGAGCAUAAAAACAUCCAGACCCUAAGAUAUGACCCAGAAUCUACCAAAUCAGGCCUCGCAUGAAUCAAGUACUAACCAGUGAGCAAAUCACAACUUAUUGUGGUGUUCUGAGACCUGCUGUCAACCCAACGUAGUUCACCCCAGGAUCGUCCCAGGAUUUAAUAAGAUGGGUACAUAGCCGGAGCAUUUAGGGAAUUCAGUGAAACUCCUGGUGAAAUUACCCAGUGGCUUAUAAUGUUGUAUGGUGAUGCUGCAAAUUGACAUGGUGAAGAACCUGCAUCCUAAUAGAACCUGGCGAUUCCCUGUUCGGACUAUCUAGUGAUACCGAUGGAGAGUUUGGCCAGGCUGUAGUUCAGAUGCCAUGUUUCCAGCAGUGGGCAGAUGUGGAGUCUGUGGAGCCAAUAUGGUCUCCGCUGAAAACUGUAAUGGCCAAGUUCUGUGAGAAGACUCCACCGAAUACACAGCAACUAACCACACUGCCAGUCCAGCCACAACCACCACCGGUCUUCCAACUUCACAAGCAGACGAGUCCAAACUCAGCCCAAGAACCAAACCAGCCCCGUCCAGCCAAGAGCCACAACAGAGCCUGGAGAGGACCUGUAACCAAAACCAGAGGGACACAGGACGAAACCAGACUGAGGCAGAACCAAACGCACCGCAGGGCUCAGAGUAAAACACGGCCCAAAAUUUAAUGCACCUAAAAGCCAGGCCGGCCAAACCAGAUGUGAACCUGAAGCCUCUCAGAGUAGAAUAAUCCCAUACCGAGCCAGCCCCACCCUCACUUAAUCUCUCCUACUCCCUCUCCCCUCAGACUUACUUCAGUGGUGCACGCUCUCUCUCUCACACACACACAUACGCGCGCACACACACAAACACACACACACAACGACAAGCAUACACAUAACGCAGGUCUUCAGCAGCAGAGCAUUUAUUAACCCAAAGCUGUUCAUAUUUGCAGCUGCAGACAUUCGUCUGUCUGGUCACUGCUCACCGCUGCUUUACACACACAUGCACAAACAACAACACACACACUCGCUGACGUAAACAAGCAUCUGCAUGCACGACACUGCUGUCUGUUUUUGUUUUUUUAUCGAUGUUUCAGCAUACACGCACACUAAACGCAUUUCAAUCCCUCCCACUACUUUGUACUCAUGUAUUUCUCAUACAUGAACGCUGGCUCAGCUUAUAUACCCUAUAAGUGGAACACACACACACACACACACAGACACACACAGACACACACAAACAGAAAUGCAUGGAAACAUGCAGGCAUGCACAGACAAGGAAUUGCAUGAACUUGGCAGAUGUUUUUAAAUGAGAAGACAAACUAUUAGAAGCACAAACUGGCCACUUUGUAUUUUGUUUGUUUGAGAGAAUCUUUUCCUGCAUGUUGUGAGGGGCGGGGGCUCGGCACACACUCUGUUUUCCUUUUACACCCCCCACCCCUCCAGUUACUCACAUCAUGACCAUUCUCAUUUUGUUCUGGGAGAUUUUGUUUUGUUUUCUAAUUUUUACAUUUGCACUAAUACACACCUUUUUACUUGAUUGGUUGACUGUGCCCGACCCUCAGAGACGGAUUUGUGAAGUCGUUUUGGAGAGACAGACGUGCAUGUGUGUGUUAUCCAUCGCUUAGGAAAGAGGCGAGGUACCCUGUCCUCCUCUCUGUUAUACCCUCCCCGCCUCCCUCUUUCCACCGCGCUUUCCUGAUCUCUGUGUCCGAUUGAUUCAUUGCAAUUCUUCUUUCAAUCAUUUCUGCAUUUAUUUCUUUGUUGAAUUGCCAAAUGCUAUAGCCAAAGAUGUUUUCAAAAUGAUUUUGUUUGAUCUGCUAACAUUACCGCUGUUAUUUCUCAUCUGAAUCUGUCCUGCGGAGAGAAGACAGUGUUGCCUCUCUCCUCUCUCAUGUAUUUCAUGUCCCAGCUCUGCCCAUCAAAGUCAUUACUUGGCCUUUAAAUUAGGCUCCCCUUCUCUGUAAUCGGUUGCUGUAAUUAGGCAGAAAUUAAAAACAACAGUAUCCGACUUUGCUUAGUCUCUUGGUCAGCUUAUCCUUCAUCUGAUCGUGACUGAAUUAUUCCCUGCUCAGAUAGAUUGGUUACAGCUCAACAAAAAUAAAUAGUGGAACAGUCUCACAAUUAUGCAGCAGUUUCUGGAUAAUAACCUUUUACAGGUCGUAGGUUUUCAUGCUGUCUAACUGCACACUGAUUGUGGACAUUGGAGAGCCGUAACUUAAAGGAUUAACAUUGUUUUUUCUGUGGAUCCAGUGGUAUUUUUUAACCUGUUGUAUGAAUCAGGAAGAGCAUCAUUCAUUCCCUCAUCAUGACAUGAGACUGCAGUCUCGCCCCUAAUCUCUGAUAUCUUUUAAAAUCUUUUAAACACAUGCAAUUGAAUAAAUUAUUUGUAUUAAUUCUCUUUUUUUAUUAUUGCUCCUGGAUACGGAUGCCAUAUGGGUUGUGCUGUUAUUUUGUCGCUAUAGCUGAGUUAUGAUUGUUUGUAACAGCAUGUGUAAAUUCAUCAGGGUUCGACUCAGGGCCCGCAUACAUGACGCAACGUUGAUUAUCAGGCCUGAUCAGAGACAAAUUACUACUUCGACUUUGUGGUUUCUGUGUCCACCUUUCCAUCAACUAUAUUCAAACCAAUAGGUAGCUCCAGGUUUAACUUAACAAGCUCAUUAGGUUGCAUUUGAAAAUGGUUGAUGCAGAGGCAGACACGAGCCGCAGUGUCUAAUGUGUGCUGUUUGUAUAGUAGACAGCAGAAUGACAGAUGCUGACAGUGGAAAAAUAGUCACAAUAAAAUUCAGUAGUUAAGGUGCCACUGCACUGUGGGAAGAAAAAGUGAAACAUUCAAAAAUUAAAAGGAGGGAAAUGUGGUGUUUGAACGAAGCAUCAAAGCAGAUUUGAUGCUUUGUUCUGCAGGGUUUGGAAAGUGUUCAGCGUUUUCUGUGAAAUGUCUUGUUAAAAAUACCUCGGCAUUUGGUGUUUUUUCAUCUCAGUCAUGGCAACCGGUGGAUAUCACUUGACACACUGACAAAGCUUUGAAAAUAUUUCUCUCAAGCUUUUUAAUUGUGUCACAAGUGACUCAAGAAAAACAGCAGACUAACUCAAACUUUCAAGGUUUCCACCUCACACUAUUUAAUUUGCCGUAUUGUUGCACGGCAGCAUGAAGUGAUGCUGCAGGUCAGUUUUAUGACAGAAUUUAGACAAAGAAAUCACCAUCUGAUCAGUGUUGCUGUUCUGAGGCUUUAUGUGUAUGGGCCCUGAUCCUUAGGGAGUUGAUGUUGAUGUACAAAUGUUGUAAAUAGUGUGUGUUCUUAUUCUGUUGUGUCAUUGUUAACUGAAGCAAAAGGAAAAACCAUGAGGUCUGGCUCGGCACAGACAAAGCUGAAAGUCUCCUAACAAAUCCUCCCUGGUUCUGAUCAGAUUCAAAUGCAGGAGGAGACGUCAUCACAUCUUACAACUCAUAAACACUGAAUCACUGGAAUAUUUUUCUUUAUUUUUUUGUCAUUUUUAAUUGCAAACCACUCAGUAUUGCAGCUUUUAAAAAAAAUAAUAUAUAUAUAUACAAGGCUUAUUCUGCAAGUAUGCAGGUGUGUGUGUUUCUCUAACCCUGCUUCUGCUCUGUGCUGGAGACAGCUGGGCUGAACGUAGCCAAACCUUUGAACUGCUCUGGGUGUCGAUGCUAGAUCCACAGAAACUGCAUUAAAAACAAAGGCGCUACUCACCCAAGUGGAAUAAAACACAAAGACUUUUCAUUUUAGGGCUGGAAGAGAGCUCUGUGGUAGAGGAGGUAUUUUUAUGGCGUAAACCAAAUCUGAUUGGGAAUCUGGCUUUGGUAUCCUGCUAGAUUUUGCCUCUGCUUGUUUAAGCUGUAAAAGAAAGAAAUAUCACUUUGACUAAAGCUCUCUUUCAGCCCGACUCAAAAAGUGACAUUUCUCCCUUUUGGAAAUGGGGCCUAGCGCUUCGACGCCGACUUGUGGCCCCUCCGGAGUGAGCCGAUGUGGUUUGGGAUCCAGUGUCUGUCGCGGGCCAGAGUAGUGUUUCAUAAGCUUGGAUCCCAACACAAGAAACACAUUUUCUCCCUCGGCCUCCCAGGAGCAGAGAGUUAAAAAACAAAGGUUGUACAACUGUCCCUGAUACAGGCUCAUGUUGGCAACACAGGCGCACCGCUCCUUAGUCCUGUUCUGGUCGAGUCGCAUCUGAAAGCAUCUGUGUUAUAAUUAUCAUAAAUGUGCUAUUCAAACAUUUUCUUACCACUUGCUUUCGUGCAAGUUAAUAUAAACAUGAAAACCAAGAAAAAAAAAAUAGAAGUUAAAAAAAAAAAAAAAAACUGUUUUAACAUUGUGCCUCAUCUCCCACCGAGCCUGUCUUUGACUUCUGUCUGGAUCUCCUGUGUAAAAGGAAUCUCCUUGUACAUACAUUUUGAGAAUGCAUCUGACCUGCAUCAUUGUACAGUAUGUAUGUAUAUAUGUAUGCGUGUCAUUGAGCAUGGCAACAAGCUAACACGGCAUCACGGCCGUCUUAACAGUCAUUUUCAUUUCCCUGACGUACAGAGAACAGCAGGUGGUUGGGUUUCUCAAAACACAAGGAUGAGUUCUUUUUUUUUUUUUUCUUCAGGGUUUUAUUUAUUUUUCCACACUCUUGUUUCUGACUUUGUUCUGUUGUCCCACUUUCCUCCCAUUUCCUGUUUAUCAUGUUGCCCAGAACAACAUGCCCAGAACAAAUGGCUGCAAACGUCCACAGCCCAACCCUGCUGAAGCUCAUCAUGAUCAUCUUUGAGCCAGUCACUUACAGUGGAACAGACUGUUUUAGUUUUCUGGGAGUGUCCCGGAAAACGUAACCUUGUUAAAGCCGAAACCAGAAAGAUCGCAUCUGCAUUGUGAACAAAAGCUGUGUAAUGCUUGCUGGCUGCAGAUUUGUCUCCCUCAUUUGCCAAAAAACAAGAUAAAACUUCUUCUAUCUAACUUUGGAUUGGCUCCACUGCAAGCAGAAGGGGGCAAAGGCGAUAUGUGCGUGUUCAAAGCGUCUUAUGUGAAUUUUGAAUGCAGCCUAAACAUGGCUGAGUCAUCGAGCGAGGGUCUCACAGCGUCAUGCAAAUUUAAUUUUCUGGUCCAGGUCCAGGUCUGAUGUAACAGGCUAAAUUAACCAACAAGAUGUUAUGUGUUUUUUUUUUUUUUUUUUCUCUCCACAUUGUAAGUAAAUGGUUAGAAAUGAUCUGUGUGCUACAGUACACGUUUGGUAAGCCCAGCCCAGUGCCAUGCACGGUCACUGCCGUGGUAAUGCGUUGUUACUGAGAGAGAGAGAGAGAGCAGAGGAUGCUGGGUAGUUUAUCUCACCCAAACUCAGGUGGACAUAUCACAUCCUCUUUUUUUUUUUUUCUUUUUUUUUUUAAGCUAGAAAAGCAAGUGAAUACUUUUAUCCAGAGGUCUGUGUGGCUUUUCAAUUUCACCCUUUUUUUUUAAUUCAUUGGGAUGAUUGAAUGGAAGAAUGAAUGAUUGUCAUUAUCAGAUUGUUGUAAUUUAUAAUGGACAGCUUCAUUUCAGUGUAACGAUAAACUCAUAUUAACGCUGUGUAUUGUCUGUCUUCUUGGAUCAUAUGUUCUGUUCCCCAUCUCCCUCACGCCCCUCGAAAUAAUUAUUUUUUUGUGGAUUCAGUACAUUUUAAUCCCAUUUCUGGAAAUGGGCGAGUUAUACUUCAUUAAAACUUGUGAAUCAAAUCCA